CGCGCGUGCAAACAACAGAACGACCGAAGCUGCAGACUGCGAUUGAAAAUGCAGGGCUGAAGCAAUUAACCAGAUGAAUAUUCUAAUUGCUGAAAUGAUUCAGUGCAAAAGAGGCAAUUAGUUGUUCAUCACAGUGAUCUGAGGAUGGAUGAGGAGGAGGAGGAGGAGGGGUCAGAGGGGGAGAUUGAACCAGAGUAUUCUGGUAUGGAGCAGCCCCCUCUCACGCGUAUGCUAAAGAACAUCUUGUCGGAGUACCCUGACGAUGGCCAGAUUCUCAAGGAGCUGAUACAGAAUGCUGAAGAUGCUGGAGCAUCAGAGGUGAAGAUACUGUUUGACGACAGAGAUAUCAACCAAGAAGCCUGCAAUGAAAAGAAAAAACCUUUUAAUAAAUAUUUCAAGGGUCCAGCCUUAUUCUUUCACAACAAUGCCAUAUUCUCUGAUCCUGACUGGAAGGGGAUAAAGAUGCUGUACAGCAGUGUGAAGGAGUUGGAUCCGUUAAAGGUCGGACGCUUUGGACUUGGCUUCAAGUCUGUUUUCCAUAUAACAGAUUAUCCGAUGGUUGUUUCUGGUAAGAAGCUACUGGUCAUAAAUCCCUACACGACAUACUCAGACAAGGUUUGCACAAGCUUCCUCUUAAAAGGGUUGUCCAGAUACAAAGGAAUGGACAUGGAAGCCUUCAGUGAUGCUUUUGAUGACAUAUUUGGGUUUGGAGAGGAGACUUUGAGCAGUGGUGAGUACAAAGGUACUCUGUUCAGGUUUCCACUGCGACAAGUUGGAACAGAACUGUCAGGGAAUUUAUAUGAUCAGGAGAAAAUUGAGACUCUGUUUGAUUCCUUUACAACAGAAGCACCUAUGACUCUCUUGUUCCUAAAAAACCUUGAGGAAAUGACUUUAUACAGAAAAAAUCCUGGAGUUGAGCCUAUUUACAGGGUAAAAAUUGAAGGCAAAGAGUCAGAAAAUUUACUGGAGAAGCGGAAGAAAUUCUGCCAGGCUCUGCAAGAGUAUAACAGAAGUAGCAUGUCACAUGAUUUGAGAUAUAGCCUUCAUGUGAACGUAAGUGUUGAGACAACUGGUCAGUAUGGCUUGCAGGAGAACAAAUCAUGGUUUAUUGUCAAUACAGUUUUGGGAGACAGCCAUAUGUCCACCCAAUUCCGUGCUCUUUCCCAGGACAAAGACUUGUCUUACAGUCCUUAUGUUGGGAUUGCCAUUCCCUACGAGGACAUUGCAGAUUUCAAAGGACAUGUCUUCUGCUUCCUUCCUCUUCCACUGGAGGAGCGCAGCUUGACAGGAUUACCUGUUCACCUGAAUGGAUUCUUUGCUUUGAGCCAGAAUAGGCGCCAUGUAAAGUGGCCGUCAGCUGAUCUGAAGCAAUCUGCCAUAAGUGCAGACAAAUCCCUACAAUGGAACCAGGUUCUGAUCAAGGAGGCCCUGUCCCAGGUCUACUUGACUGUGGUACAAGAUUUGAUCACCAAGUGUUCAGGGGCAAACAAUCCUGUUGACCUCGUUGCCAUGGUUUACAGAUCCAUCCCACAUCUUCAUACAGUGGAUGUAAAGUGGUGCGGUAUCCUUGAUCCGUUAUUGAACAGUCUCCUGCAGACACACUUCCUUUACACUGAGAACAAUGGAGGUCGGUGGAUACAACCUAAAGAUGCAGUGUUUGAAUGUCCUGAUUACGAUACUGGUAUGUAUGUGUAGUUAUACAAUGUGAUUAUGUAUAUUAUAUGAAAUUA